AUGGUUGACCCAACCUCCAUCAAGGGAGAGAUCCUUGAGAUGACUGGCGAGCAUGUGGAGCAGCUCCAUUCAAUGUGGUCCCUCAUGUUCGAGCCGAAGACAUGCGAAGACUUUCUGCACAAACUCAAGGCGCACGCGGAUAAUUUCUAUACGGAUCUGCUGACCGAGUCGCGGGAGAAGCAGGCGGCCAUCCUGGAUGACAUAGCCGCACUCCGAGCCGAGGCCAGCGACCUCACCCGACUCCUCCAUGAGACGGUGGACAUUGGUCAGAGGCCCGACGAUGUGCCACUGAUCAUAUGGCAGCUGAAGCUGGACAAAAGCAUUGAGCAUCUGCGCGAGGAGCUCUCGAAACGUCGGGCGGAGAUCGGGGAGCUGCUGCUCCAGCAGGAGCAGCUCUGCGAAGAGCUGGGCGCACUGCCGCUCCCUCUACUGGCGGACCCGCUGCCCCUGCCCGAUGAGAUGGACGGCUUUCGCGACCAUCUCGACAACCUGCGCUCUCAGCGCGCAGUGAGCCAGACGGAGCUGGACCAGCUGCGCAAGGCCAUCAAGCAUGACAUGAAGAUGCUCGAGCUGAUGCCCCAGACCGAUGCAGAGGAUCGCCUACUGAACGAUCUGAGCCACAAUCUAACACCAGAGACACUAGAGCGGCUGCGGCAGAUGCGCAACAGUUAUGCCGAGCAGAUCCAGGAGCUGCGCUCCAAAAUCCAUGACAUGCGCGAGAAGAUCUACGUGCUGUGGGAUCGCCUCCAGGAGACGGACGAGAGCGCCAUGCGACGAGUGCGCGAGUGCACCGAGAAUACGCAGCGCACCUAUGACAUCCUCCAUUCGGAGCUGCAGCGCUGCCAGGCACUGCGCAGCCAGAACCUCAAGACGUUCAUCGAGCAGCUGCGCGUCGAGAUAAGCAAGUGGUGGGAUCUAACGCUCAAGAGCCAGCAGGAGCGCAAGCGUUUCUCCAACUACUACAAUAAGUAUUACAACGAAGACCUGUUGGAGCUGCACGAGCUGGAGCUGGAUGAUCUGAAGAGCUUCUACACGUGCAACAAGGAGAUUUUCGAUCUGUACGAGAGCCGUGCAGAACUUUGGUCCCGCAUGCAGGCUCUAGAGGCAAAGGCCAACGAGCCGAAUCGUUUCAAAAGUCGUGGCGGCCAGCUCCUUAAAGAGGAAAAGGAACGCAAGGCCAUCUCGAAGCUGCCCAAGAUUGAGCAGCAGAUCACUGAACUGGUGCACGCCUAUGAGGUGCAAUCGCAUGGCCCGUUUCUGGUUUAUGGCGAGAACAUACUGGAGCUGAUGGCUGGCGAAUGGGAGAACUAUCGGCAGGCCAAGCAGAGCUCGGCCCGCAAGAAGGCCCCGCCCACCACGAGGACGGGCAGCAGCAGCAAAUUGAUGAUGCCACCGCCGACUGCCGGUUCAACGGCCCCUCGCACGCCCCGAACUUUGAAGAACAUGUCCUCAAUGUCGACCUCGACAAUGUCGUUGCGCAAGACCCCAACAAUCCAGCUGAUCACUCCCAAUAUGACCAAGAGCACUGGGAAUCUGCACAAGCGACUAAAUCCAUCAGCAGCCGCCAGCUCUUCGGGGUAUCGGCUGGCCAACAGCCAGCUGAAGGCGUCCAAGUCGCCACUAAAGCGGGUCCGCGUCCUGGACAACACAUUGCGUCGCAGCGGGGGAUUGGGCAGACGCAGCCUUGGCACACGCUCGAAAAAGAAGCCACGCACAAAAUCAGCGGUGCCGGAUACAAGAUCGCCCAGCGAUUCCGAGUAUAUGACCGAUGAGACCACUGAAAAUGACCGCGAAGCCGGGAUCUCCUAUGACGAAUUUGUGCCCACGAGUCGCUCCUCAGUGCUGCCCGUCGGCGGGGCUCAGCAUCAGCGCAAUCGCGUGGCUGUGCCACGAAUUCGCCAUGUCCUCGUAAACCACAAUUCGGUGGCGUCGGCCGCCAACACACCGUCAAAGCAGGCGGUCAAUCAGGAGGAGAGGCCUCGAUUUGGCAAUCAAUUGAAGCUCCCGUCGCCACGUGAAAGUCGCAUGUGGCCGAAUCCACGAUGAGAUUAUCUAUCGAAAUUACUACUAAAAUGUACCUAUAUUUUUGGAAUUUGGAAUUUUUAUUUGCGUUUUAUGUUUGAUUUUAUUUUAUGUACCUUUAUCUGUUUAUCUCUGUUUCAUUUAUUUUCGAUGUUGGCCCAAUAAAAAUUAAAUUAUCUUCAAGAAGGACAACCGAACCA